AUGACGUUAAAAGGACAAACAGUUGCUAGUUAAUUCCUCUUCGCUUUUGUUUAGUUCUUGGCUGGUUUUGUUGCAAAAAGCUGUUCAUUUUCUUUUUUUUUCAUGGAGGCUCCGGGACAGGACAGCGACUGGAGAAGUCCUCAGUUCAGACAGAAAGUGGUCGCUCAGAUUGAGGACGCAAUGAGGAAGGCAGGAACUGCUCACACUAAGUCCAGCAAGGACAUGGAGAACCAUGUUUACGUCAAAGCCAAAUCCAGGGAAGAGUAUUUAUCUCUGGUGGCGAGGCUCAUCAUUUCACUUCAGGAGACAUCCAUAAAAAGGCACAUGGAGGUCCGGAUCCAAUGAAUGCCCUGACUAACCUCACAGGGGUUGGAGGGGGCCCGGGCCCCAUUGGCAUGGGGCCUCGCCCCACCGGUGCUCCAGUGGGUGGCAUGGGGGCCAUGGGGCCAAUGCAGAUAGGCCAGCAUGUCAUGGCAGGGGUGGCAGGAAAUCCACAAGCCAUUGGAGGUCCAGGUCAGAUGCCAAUGCAACAGAUUGUUCAGGCGCAACAGCAGCAGCAACAACAGCAGUCAAUCCAGUUUCAGCAGUUCCAGCAAGCUCAGCAGCAGCAGAA